CCACCACCGUGACGGAACAAGCCGAAUAAUCCCCCCGAGCCCUCAGGCCACGCCUCUGCCACGCGACCAAACCAAAGUAGCGAGGCGAGAGAGCGAGAGCCGCCAUGGGGAAGAUCAGGAUGCCCGUGCCGUCCCUGUUCCGCCGCCGCUCCAAGUCGCCGCCGCCACAGCAGCAGCCUGCGGCCGAGGGCAAGGGCACCGGGUCCCCUCCGCGGGCGGCGACCGCGGAGGAGGAGAUGGCGCGCGUGUUCCGCAAGUUCGACGCGAACGGCGACGGUCGGAUCUCGCGGUCGGAGCUCGCCGCGCUGUUCGAGAGCCUGGGCCACGCGGCCUCCGACGACGAGGUGGCGCGGAUGAUGGCCGAGGCGGACGCGGACGGCGACGGCUUCAUCAGCCUGGACGAGUUCGCGGCGCUGAACGCGACGGUGGCCGGCGACGCGGCGGCAGUCGAGGAGGACCUCCGCCACGCGUUCCGCGUCUUCGACGCCGACGGCAACGGCACCAUCUCCGCCGCCGAGCUCGCGCGCGUCCUCAGGGGCCUCGGCGAGUCCGCCUCCGUCGCGCAGUGCCGCCGCAUGAUCGAGGGCGUCGACCAGAACGGCGACGGCCUCAUCUCGUUCGAGGAGUUCAAGGUCAUGAUGGCGGGCGGCGGCUGCUUCGCUAAGAUCGCGUAGGUUCCGUUCCCCCCUCUCUCGCGCCCGUCGAAUCUGCUGCUCCAUCCAUCCGUCGAGCUCGUCUUCUUCCUCUGUUCUGUUUUUUUGGGGUCCAACCCUCUCUCCCUUCACAGCCGAGCGUGUGGUGUGUGCGGUUUUAAGUGUAUAUAGAAGCAACGAUCCAAAGAUUAAGAAGCACUAGCGCUAGAUUCUUCCCUUUUUUUUUCUACUAAUAAUCGUGAACCGCGGCGGAUAUUGGUUGGAAUGUUGGAGGCUGGAAAGCAGUGGUUCAGAGCUAACUUCUGUUCUAAUCCGCUUCUGUUCUAGAGAUGCGAUUCUUGGGUUUGUGAAUGAAAUAGCAAACGAUUGGAAUCUAUGGAUCUCUACUAAUUCGUGUUUCAAUUGCUCGGGAUCUA